AUGAUGGUUCGGGUGCACAACACUUUGUCGCACUCGCCUCGCACUAUUCUGUCCUUCGGGCAGAUGACUGGUAUCGAUGAUGUCGUGGUUACCGGUCGGCAAACGGCAUCAUUCAGCAUCACCUUGUUUGAUUGCACUUCAAUUCGAUUGCCCAAACACACCUUUUUCUCUACCGGCUUGAAGGGACAACAACAGUCCACCGUCCUUACGGCCGUCUGGAGGCGGGUGCAGUUGCACUGA